AUGACGGCGUUGCUAGAGGAACGCGAGAAAGAGGCCAAAGAGCUAGCCAACCUUGUGCGGAACAAGGACAAGGUCAUUAAAGACCUCAAGAGGCGCCUCUUAGACGCAAAGAAGGUCAUCGCAGAACUCCGAGCGAAGGUGCGACGCAGAGACCAACCCGCGCCGCAAGAAGAUCCACCCGCAUCACAACAGCAACACCAGCAGACGGCAGACAUAUGCGUCAGCACCCACAGCCUGGCCAACAUACACGAACGAUAUGACCAGGUUCUCCAGAGGAUGAAAGAGAACAGAUGCAGCAUGGCCUGUGCCUUCCGUCUUGCAGGCUGUCCUCGGAGCACACUACGAGACUUCGUGGCAAUGGCAGAACUGAAAAAGGUCGCCUCAAGGGAACUGGACCUCGUCCUCUGCGACCAAGAAGUUAAAUCGGUGUGAGAUCUGGAGGUUGUCUGUUGCAAAAGACUUCGGUGCUACAUCUCGGUCAUGAGCAACAUGAGGAGAGAGGGGCAACUGUUGCCAAUGAAGUUUGAGGCACGAUUCUAUGAGUGAAAUAUCUUGUAUAUUUCACCACUCACAAAACGGCUCCUUUAGGAGCCACCAAAUCUUGAAAGUCAAUUUUCAACGUAUUACACAUGUUGGAUGUUGUAUCAAGCGAAAACCAAGAGAAAACAUUAAGGUUUGUGUUAACGUUUCACGGACAAGCUACUGA